GCGGGCUGCCAGCUCUCCCACAUACACCCCAUCCCGGCAGCGGCGCCCGGGGCAGUGGGUGUUUCAGGGAGAGCUGGACCCCUCUCCCCUCCCUCCUUUGCAAGGAAGAGAGGAGGACCACAGAGAUGGGCCGCCUUCCGUCGUCCUAGACAAGCCGGAAUGGCACGAGUGCCGCAGCCUCCACCUCUCCGGGCACAGUGACUUUCGAAGAUGUGGCCGUGUACUUCUCUGAGAACGAAUGGACCUGCCUGGCCCCCACUCAGAGGGCCCUGUACAGGGACGUGAUGCUGGAGAAUUACGGGGCUGUGGCUUCCCUGGGUAAGGGGCUUUCCCCUUGGGCUCUGCCUCAGCCCUUCAGAAUUUCCUGGUUCCUUCUUCCUCAGAGGCUCAGGCGUCUUCGAGAACCUUCUUCGGCUGAGCAGCAACUUCAGGCUCUUGGAUUCUUAAUGGCCCGACCUCAGUGCUUCCUGGGAAGUGAACCUGCGGCAUUUCCGUUCCCCACACCGGCUCUGAUUUCCCAGCUGGAGCGAGGGGAGGCGCCCUGCGGCUCGGCCCCUCGGGGAGCUCUGGAUGGAGAGGGCCCGAGGGGCAAGUCCUCAGAGGGUGUGUUGAAGAGUGAUGAGAAAGAAGAUUUUAUUCUGAAGGAGGAAAUUUUUGAGGAGCCACAGGGCCACGUGGUGCUAUCAAGAGGACCCCGGUGGUGUGGUGCCCAGGGAUCCGGGUUUGGAAAAACCUGUGAAGAGGAGAGAAGUAGGUUAGGAAGAUGGUGGGACGACCCCAGUGUGGGGAGUGUGGAGAACACUACAAAUGAUAUUAUAGAAGUGAUCGUCAAAGACGAAAUGAUCUCUGGAGAAGAGAGUUCAGAAAGUAUGGAUGUUAAUACCCACCCCGUUCUAUAUCAGAAGAUUCUAAGUGAGCAGGUAUCCUGCAUAUGUGAAGAAUGCAGCACAUGUUUUGAUCAAAGUGAAGACUUUGGUCAACAUCAGAGAGUUCAUAAUGGAGAGAAGGUCUAUGGAUGUAAGGAAUGUGGAAAGACUUUCAGUUUUAGAUCACAUUGCAUUGCACAUCAGAGAAUUCACACUGGGGUGAAACCCUAUGUAUGUCAAGAAUGUGCUAAAGCCUUUAUUUGGAAGUCAAACCUGAUUCGGCACCGGAGAAUACACACAGGAGAGAAACCCUUUGGUUGUAAGGAAUGUGGGAAGGGUUUUAGUCAGAACACAAGCCUUAUACAGCAUCAGCGGAUCCACACUGGGGAGAAACCAUAUACGUGUAAGGAAUGUGGGAAAAGCUUUACUCGGAACCCAGCCCUCCUUCGCCACCAGCGAAUCCACACUGGGGAGAAGCCUUACGAGUGUAAGGAUUGUGGGAAAGGCUUCAUGUGGAACUCAGAUCUUGUUCAGCACCAGAGGGUCCACACUGGGGAGAAGCCUCAUGAAUGUACUGACUGUGGGAAAAGCUUCAUCUGCAAGGCACACCUUAUCCGACAUCGGAGAACCCACACUGGGGAGAGACCCUAUAAAUGUAAUGACUGUGGGAAGGCCUUCAGUCAGAAUUCUGUUUUGAUGAAGCACCAGAAACGCCAUGCUUGAGGAAAACCCCGUAGCUGCCAGACCUCUCACCUUCUUGAACAUGAGAGAACCACAUAGUAGUGAUACUUGUUUAUAAUACUCAUGAUACAGGAAUCCCACCGACAAAAUGCGAUGACCAUCCGCAUUUGCUAUCACUCUAAUAGUAUUAUCAUUCUCCUCCUGAACAGUCACCCUGUACUCCAGCGAGACUGGUCCCCCUGUUCAACAAUGUUCGUACUAGGCAAUAUUUAGUUGAGCACCUACUGUGUGCUAACCACUUGACAUACAUUCUUUAUUUUUCUUAAUCUGAUUAAGGUAGAUACUCUGAUCCCCAUUUUACAAAAAAGAAGUAAGGUUGAAAAAGGCUAUAAAACUCAUUCAAGGUUGCUCGGCUAGUAAGAGUUGAGAUUGGAACCAGGCCUAGCUGACUCCAGAGUCUACUGUUUAUUUGUGCACAUUUCUGCUUCUAUCCCUCUAUUUGCCCAAGUUUCCCUGGGUUAACGUUUCCUGUCCUCACCUGAAACCCCGCUCCUUCAGCAGAACAGACCUCUGUUCCUCUCCUAUGUAUUUAUAAUCAGUACCACCCAAUUUGGUAUUUAAUUAUGUGCUUUCUUACAUUUUUCUAAUGGCUUCAUGUCUGUUAGUCCAGCUAAAUGGCUC